UUUUUUCAAAUAGCAAAUCAACUUUGUGGCAACUACUAGUAUUUGUAAAGUGCAAUACUUUUUGUGUAUCAUAAUGUAAUGUAAGAUGUUGAUGGACUAUCAGGUCCUGUUUACCAGUACUUUUAACUGAUCAAAAAUGUUUGCAUUUGUACGUAAAACUUAUGAAACGUAAUGUACAUGUACUCAUCUUCUUCAUUUCGUCAAAUUUAUGCUAAACACAAAGUACAGCAUUUAAUUAAUGGUAAAAAGUAUAGUCGAUCCAAAGGACCUUUUGUAAAAGGAGCCCCAUAAUCCCGUUGUCAGUAGUAAAAUAGUGACAAUGUAUCGCUGUUUUCAGUGCUCUCCAAUUUUGAGGCCCGACCAAGACGUCAAAGGUUCCUUUCAAUAUACGUGAAGUAUAAACUCAGUUUGUCCAUCGCUAGGAUUAUAAUAUCGACCCACGGUACAUACCCUAACGUAAUUACUGGUGAUAAAUCUGAGUUAUAUUACAAGUAAAUAUGCACAUUUAAGAUCUCAGCAUAUAUUUAUUUUAAAAUACUUGAAUCGUUAGCGAAUCCUAAACAAGCUUCCGAUUACCACUUUCGCUACCGUUAUAAAUCACCCAGAACUGCUCGGCAUGUUUUCGAUGAUGUUCAGAUCACGUUGUAUUUACCUUUCAUAUCAAUACAAUGCUUCAAAUCCAGGCUUGUAUUUUCACAAAGGUAUCUGACAAGUUUGGUAUUUGGUUGUCAUAAUCAUAAAUCAAUAUAUUUCUGGACUGUCUCUAUCCACUUUUAAGAUAAAACGCGGUUUCCAAGAUUUGAAGAAGUGCCUCGGAUAUCUCACCAAACUCCUGCUAGGGAACAACAUGCCAUGUCGCAUAGAUUUCCCGUUAGGAGACAAGAAUAUUUUUGAUCAGAUUUUUUGCAAAGGUUUCAUUUUUAGUUAUGGAGGCGCAUGAAAUAGUAUAAACCUUGUAAAAUGAUUCACCUCUCAUGAUUUCAAUAAAAAAUUAAACUUUAUUUUUUUAAAAACUUUUUCUCAGAUAUAUCAGAUAAAUAAACAAGCACUUAUAGUCCCAAGCAUUUGCUUUACAAAAAUCUUAAUAUUUUCCUAUCGCAUCAUUAGCUCUGUUAAAAGUUGCAGUUGCAUGCAUGCAUUUACCUUUAGUUAUAUUUGAGUCUUUGAAAACAAAACGCAUGAUCUGUUUGAAAUACGACGAUAUAACUAACAGCGAUAGACGACCUGGUAGCUUCGCUAUCUUGGAAACAAAAAUUCUACUUGAUGUUGAAACAAUAAGGACUUUAAACACUGACUGAGCGCGAGUUCUAUCAAAGUUCAAUAAGGACGAGUAAGGACCAAUAUGGUGAUUUUCAAACAGUGACGAUUGGGAUGCACUCCAUUUCCUAUGAUUUAAUUUGUUGAAUUCAUUCAUCGAUAUCAUGUAUAUCCUUUACGAUUUCUUACGAAAUUUAAACCUUUGAAUUGAUAUGUUGUAAUGAUGUAUUUAGAUUUAUGUGUUUAAUGUGAGCUUCAAUUGUAUCUUGAGCAAACUAACCCAAAGUAGAGCACUUCUGUACACGCAGGAGAGAAUGAAAGGAAAAACUGUCCUCAUUUGUUUGAACUGCAAUUAUUUGAAUUAGCAUGUUUUAAAUCCCUUUUUACAAAUACCAGAGGACGCAAAAGGGAAUCUUUUUGGCACUUUGAUUAAAGAAUGUUUGUCAUAAACACACAGAAACGAACAAAUAUUCGCCGUCUACCACCCGCUGUUGGUUGAGAAUGGAGAUACUGCUUCGAUUCUUAUUGGCUGAAAGUGAGUUUCAAACAUUUCUCCGAUCCCACGUAGCGACGUUAUUCAUGGUCAUCAAAAAGUUUGCUCAUGUGAAAGCUUCGGAAGGAUACCUUUAUAAUUUCUUUGGGAUUAUAGAAUAUAUCAGACUGUCUUUAAAUAUAAAACGCGCAUGAAAAGAUAUUUAAAAGCGUGUAUCGCACCAUGCUGUAAUGUUGAAUGUUAGUUUUUUCUCAUGGGUGUUAGAAUUGAGCAGUAUUUAAUCUAUUUUGGACAUUUCAAAUAGUGGAUUGAGUCAGAAGUAAAAAUGGAUGUAAGUCAAUUUAGAAAUAUUCAAACGAAGAUAAUAACUUCUUGGAGAAGCUGCCAAAGGUUGCCGAGUGUUUCCAUUCGGCAUCAAGAUGAACAGGCGUAAACAACAGCCGCUGCAGACGGCAUCACAUACAACUCAAAAGAGACCACGCCGUGUCAAAAUCUCGCAAACUCGCGCUCCUCCACUGAUGGCACAUCUAGGAUACCAAGGUGCUCGCCACUUGCAUCCUCAGCGUCUUCCAACAAAAUCACCCGAAAAGUUGGUAUCGGUUCGUCUUCUUGAUCUGAGGAAUGAUACAAUUGAAAAUGUGCAGAAAAUAGCAGAGACGAUUAAAAGACUUAUGGUGCCAGGGUUGCGCUUGAAAGAAAUUCCAGAGCAACUGGUAGAUCGUUUAGUGGUGCUUGAAAAACUUGAUUUGAGUAAUAAUCAGCUCUCCGAUGGAAGUUUACCGGAAUCAAUGAAAAGGUUAGAAAGUCUAGUGGAACUGAAUUUGAACACAAACAAAUUCACGAAAGUUCCACCAGCUCUUAAGAAAUUGAAAUCAUUAUCAAGGCUUGAUCUUAGUGAAAACAGUAUUGACAAUUUGAAUGGCUUGGAGAAACUUAGGAAAAUUCAAAUACUAGUGGUGGACAAUAAUAAAUUAACUUCAGUGUUUAAAGAAGUUUGUCACUUGAAACGACUGGAAAUUUUACGGUGCAAAAAUAAUCUUGUGAAGGACAUUGGGGUCGAAAUACGUCAAAUGAAGCAGCUGAAAGAUUUGGACAUAUCAGAUAACAGACUAUCUGUUCUUCCAACAGACGUUUUACUUCUUCCCAGUUUAGAGACUCUAAAUGCUAGUCGAAAUAAAAUUACGAAGAUUCCAGCCUUCAAUAUUAAAUUGCACAAUCGACACUGGGUUUCUGAAGUUGAUCUCUCGGACAAUCAAAUAACAGUAUUUCCAGGACAUCUACUAAGAAUGACCGAAAAAUUGGAUCUUAGUAGUAAUCAAAUAAAAAUUCUCAAUAUGAAUGCAAUGAAAGAAUUGGAAAGAAAUCCAAGUCAGGAGUUGAUUGUGGAUGACAAUCCAUUGGUCUUUCCACCUGCAGAAAUUACAGGACAAAACGCUAUAUUGGCCUAUAUUCAGGAAGCUCGACUCAACACACCUGUGUAUCGUGGAAUGAAGAUUUUAGUAAUUGGAUCGCACAAAAGUGGAAAAUCAAGUCUUAUUCAGUCGAUGGUGGACAACCAGGCAAGGUUAGCAGAAGAUUUGAAUGAAAGUGUCGCUGGAAUUGAUCUUUACGAUUUAGUGUAUGACUGUGAAAUGAAAGUUAAAAGUGAGGAAUCUGGGAAGAUGCAGAAAGAAGUCCGCCCACUUCAGCUUUGUUUGUGGGAUUUCUGUGGACAUCCUUAUUAUCAGUUUCCACACUAUCUGUUUUUCGAACAACCUUCUGUUGCUCUACUAACAUUCAACAUGAAAGAAUUUACUUCGGAUAAAUUCAACGAGAUGAUUGGUUGCUGGCUGGACUGGAUGAUCGCCAAAUCCAACAGUCUAAAAGUUGUGUUGGUUGGAACUCAAUGCGACAAAAUGUCCAAAGAAAAAAUCAAGGAAGUUAAAGCCGAAGUAAAAAGACAAAUGACGGAAUUCAAGAAUUACCACGAAAGUAUUCUGAAUGAAAGAAUCAAUCACAUAUCCCAGAAAUCAGAGAUCUCGCCUACUCUCACCGAAAGGAUGUUUUCUUACCGAAAGCUACUCAUCUUCACAGACACUUUCACAGUACAAUCGGACGUUAUUGCUACGUCAUCAUCAGAGUUUACAGGGUUUGAUCAGCUUCGAAAAAGCAUCGAACUGAUAGCAAAAGACGAAAAUCAAUUUCCACCGACACCCGAGUAUAAUUUACCGCUUGUUUUACACAAGGUAAAGACGUUUUGGGCUGAUGUAGAGAAUUACUUAGACGAGAAGUCAAAUUCUAUGGUGGUUCCCAUAUUGCCGUGGGAGGAUUACGUUGAAGAAGUCACAACUAAAUUUGGAAUGAAGAAACAAAUUAAAGACAUUACGCAAUACCUUCACGUAACAGGAAAGGUACUUUGGUUCUCAUCGUCGCCUGUUCUUUGUGACUUUGUGUUCAUCCGCCCAGGGUGGCUUUUCGAGUUACUUCGUAACAUCUACCGCCAUGACUUUGAAGAGAAAGUCGAUUUUGCCAUUGACGACACCUACAAACAGAUGGGAUUUUCGCAAACACGAUUUGAAAGAAACAAAAAGGAAGUUCUUCAGUACGGAGUCAUGGACAGAGACUUUAUGCGUGCUAUGGUGGGGUAUCUAAUACCUCCUGAUAUGAAAGAACAGUUCAACUUUGUAUUGGAUAUUCUUCUUCGCGGGUUCAAAAUUGGUUAUCCAGCUGCAAAGAAAGCCAAGGAAAUGACAUACAACCUCAGUCCAGAAACUGAAAACUUAGAUAACGUUUCCAAAAUAUUAAUUCCGUGGAUCCGAAAAACUGAAGAGCCCGAAGAAAUAGUUUCAUCGUGGAAGGAACACAGCGACAGGGAACGAGUAGCUGCCUUACUGAAAUUCCCAAAAUAUAUGCCACCGGGCUUGUUUGAACUCCUAUGUGUCGGGGCACAGAAGAUGGAGAAGCAUAAUCUCACCUUUAAGGAACACUGGGGUAACGGAAUCAUUGCUAGGCACAAUAAGAUUGAUGCUCUCCUCAUGAUCAGCUACCGAAUAGGACCACAGGGAAGAGGUGCGAGUAUAAGGUAUGAACUCAGAGAUGACAGUCCAGAUCCAUUGUAUUACCCCACCCGACCGGCAGCUAUGUGGACGAUUCUUCUCCCUUUGCUCCAAGAUUUCGAGGAAAUUAUCAAGGCUUUUAAAGGUGUUUUGGUGGAAAGACUUAUGCUGUGUAAAUUCUGCAGAGAGCCAUCCUUUCUAGGGGAAUGGAACACACCGAAAGAAACCCAGAAUCUUCCGGAGAAAGUCUGUGAAGUUUGUGGCGAGAAAGUGGACACCGAUACUCUGGUCCAGCAACGGGAGGAGAAAAGAGAUGGAAUAAGUAUGAAACCACACACUUUUUUAGCAAUGUAAAACCUUUGGUGAAAUGCUACUAUUUCUGUACAAGCUCUUUACAUUUAUGAUUAUUCUGUUUGAACAUUAUACCUUCAGUUAUUUUUCUACUAUUGUACUCAUAACAUUUGAAUAUUUAUAUAUUCGAACUUUGAAUGAGUUUGAUGCCUCAUUUGCAUGUAAUUACUGCUAUCAGUUUAUUUUCUCACUAAUCUAUUGUAAUGCCUCAUGUUAGAGCAGUGUACAUUUAGAUAUAUUUCAGCAUAGAAAAAAACCCAUAUUCCUUUAACAUACAAGUGCAUUUCUUUGCACAAUAAUACUAUUAGUGUACAUAUUCUGUUAAACGAAUUAAUCUAAGUACCCAUAGUAUGAUAUAGAUUUUUCAUGAUUCUAAUUAUUUCUAGGAGCAGUAAUUAACACAUAACUUUACCAUCCAACAAAAAUUCAGCGAUAUCUCAUUGGUUGUAUUUCAGUUGACUUAAAUACUUUAAGAGCUCGAAUUGCUGCGCAGGCGCAACAAGCCGCCAGGCACGCGCGCAAUUCAAACCCUGUUGAUCAUGACACGUGAGUACGCAGGCGCACGUCAUAGUGCAGCAGACUUCCGGAUUCCCUGUGUGUUUGUCUAAUCUUUAAUUCUGUUUUAUUUGACCUCUAACCGGAACAAUACUAGCAACGUUUUUAUUUGUUUUCUAAUUUAUUAUUUAGCUUUUAGGAAACAAUGCAGAAUAUAUAUACAUGUAGCAUAUACAGAAAAUAGUGAUUGGAUGCUGAUUUGAUUUAAAGCAAAAUGUACAAUAUGCUGCGUUUUAUUGUGCUUGACCGCUUACAUAUAUUCAAAACGGUGAUAUCUGCAUUGUUCAGCUUAUUAUUGUAUAUCAGUUAAUUUGUUUUCAGUUAAUUCUUCAUCUCAAAGACACUUUAAUUGUACUUGAAAGCUAACAUAGCAAAUACAGUGUAGUAACGUUUAGCACCGCAUUUGUUUUUACAUUUCACGUAUUAAUAUACAAUGAUAAGUUGAGUACUGAAUUUGAAUGUGUAACUGAACAAAUUAAGAACCUUCGUGAAACGUUUGAACAAGUGUGAAUUGUCAAGUCUUAAUGUUUGUAGAUCAUAUGUUAAAGAUCAGUGUUGCUGAUAGAAAUAUCAAAUAAUGACAAAUAUUUCACAUGAUAUGUUAUUUAUUACGGAUAACAUAAAUAGUGUAAUAAUUGUGAAUUCAAGACCAUGUCAUGUUUAUCAAAAUGUUCAUCUCUGCUUUCUGUUUUAUUAAAGAUGAUGUGUUACUGAAAUUAGGAGAAAUUCGAGCACGACGGAAAGACGCCAUGGCCAAAGGCAAGACCCUCCGGGAGAUGCUCCAUGAGGAAGAAUUAGACAAACCACAUUAUGGACGGGACAGACGCAGAAACGUAGGGGUACUCCAGCCGGCCGAUCUGUCUAGUCUUCUUCCUGCGGUGAAUAUAGGUACCGGAGAAGACGAAGAGUCCGGAGAUGUGGAAGAUUCAACAGAGGGCAAUAUGGAGAAUAUCCGAGCUCUCUAUCUUCUGAAUUUUUCAGGAGUUGAUAAUGAAGACCAUGUCUCAGAUGAACAGGAGGAGGGGGGCCAGGAUGAAAUAGUUGAGGAAGAUCAACAAAUGUUCGCAGAAUGACAGAUUGUUUUUGCGUAGGUUCAAAAUGUGUUGAUUCUUAUGCUACUUUGGUUUGUCUCAAAAUAAUUGACCCCACUUUCACGUUGAAUUCGAAGUUAUGUUAAAUUGUUAUUGUUAAACGAAUUUAUUGUGAGUGUCAGAAACUACUUCCGGUAUACGGCCAUAUUAUGUCUGCACGAUUUGUGUUUGACACGCUUAUUCUGUGGAAUGGAAUUGGUGCCUUAUGAAUUUUGAGCAACGCAAUAUAUAGUUAUGUUGACUUUUUGUCGUGCAUGUUAUUUUAUUUCAUUACGUAUUUGCAACUUUUCUGUUAGAUUUAUUACUCGUAAUUUAUUGGACGGCGUAGAAUGGUUGAUGAAGUUGACCUUUUCUAGGAAGUAUUUGUUAUUUCAUGUUAUUUAUUCCAUGUUUAGAAAGUAUGUCUUAAAACGACCAUGGUGAGGGUCCCUAUUAUUACAUGAAGUCAAUAAAAUGUCAAAUUUGU